AUGUACUUGGAACAACCAAAAGCGGAGAGCGCCAAAGAGGCACUCAAGCGAUACACCAAGGUAACGCACGUAGCAGGCACGGAUGCCGACAAGGAGUCCGCUGUGGGCCUCGUGAGCGAGUGGGGCAGCCUGCUGGGAGCUGAAGUGCCAGACGACCCAACCAAGCUGGUCUUUGAUGCUGGUUCUCACGACGCCAUCCGAUACAUGACGUCAACGGGUCGUAGCCCGCGGGUCUGGGUGGACACAUACAGCUCCUGGCUGAACUACCCAGUCUCUUCCAGCCUGAAGCUGCGCAAGGCGGACUCCCAAGAGGCGUACUGGCAGGCCAAGCUCAAAGAGGACGUUGUCGACGAGCUGCCGGAGCUGAAUUGGGAUGUGCCUGUGUUUCAUGGCUACUCCAAGUCUGGCAUCGCCAAUGGACCCAUCGUGUACGCGGCACUUUGCACCAAGAAAGACUUUGAGGAUCUGGCUAGAAAGGGCGUCAAAGUGGAAGGUGCCAUCACGCUCUGCAGGUACGGCGGUCCCUUCAGAGGCUUAAAGGUACGCGCCAGCGCCGACAACGGCGCCGUCGGCACGCUCAUCUACAGCGACCCUGCCGAGGACAAUGGCGUCACCGAAGCGAAUGGCCACAAGCCUUACCCUGAUGGACCUGCUCGUCAACCUUCGUCUGUGCAGCGUGGCAGCGUGCAGGCUUUGUCCAUCGCACCAGGAGACCCAUCCACCAUCGGGUUCCCUUCUUACCGCAAUGCCUCCCGCGAGUCACCCGAGACUGCAGACUCGCUCCCCACCAUCCCUUCGCUCCCCAUCUCUUUUGAAGAUGCGAAAGCGCUGCUGCUGGCGGUCCAAGGCAAGGGUGUCAAGGCAGCCGAAGUAGGCGACAACUGGGUGGGACAGGUGCCGGGUGUCGAAGAAUACUGGACUGGCCCCAGCGAGGACAUCGCAUCGCUCGACAACCAAAUGACCGACAUUGGACAGGUACACGACAUCUGGAACACGUAUGCAUACAUUCCUGGACAAAUACAAGAUGAAAUCGUCAUGAUUGGCAAUCAUCGCGAUGCCUGGACAUACGGUGCGGCCGAUCCGAGCAGCGGUACUGCCGCACUCCACGAAGUCGUCAAGGGUCUUGGUGCUCUCAGAGCCAAAGGAUGGGCGCCACUUCGCAGCAUCAUUGUUGCGAGCUGGGAUGCCGAGGAGUAUGGACUAGUUGGUUCUACCGAAGCUACCGAGGAUUAUGCUCAGUUCUACCAGCAAAGAGUCGUCGCCUACCUCAACUCCGACGUGGCAGUGUCCGGUCCUGGUCUAUUUACAGGCGCUAGUCCUUCACUUUCGGAUCUGCUGAUCAAGGCUGGUGCCGCAAUCACAGACCCCGAUGGUGAUGGCAAGGAGACGCUCAAAAUCGAGCACCCCGGCGCUCUCGGCUCCGGAUCCGACUACACUGGCUUUUUGCAGCACCUCGGCAUUGCAUCUACCGAUCUGGGCUUCAGAGGUGGCAUAGGUGCAGCAGCUACGAGCGAUUUUGCUUCGCCCGAAAAGGCUGUCGACAGGAAAGCCAAGUAUGCGGGGCCAGUCUACCACUAUCACUCGCGAUUCGACUCUUUCCCUUGGAUGGAAAAGUUUGGUGAUCCCACAUUCAAGCACUUUGAGGCUGCAGCCAAGCUUCUGGGCUUGUCGCUUCUAAGGCUGACUUCCGAGCUCGAAAUUCCGCUCAACAUCACGGCAUACGCCAAUGAGCUUGAUCGCUACUACGACAAAGUCAACGACAAGCUCGAGACUGCGAGAUCAGACCGUGCGCUCGACAUCGCAGAGACGGAAGAAAAGGAUUUGGCCAAAACGUUGCGCGGACUUGAGAAGACGAUCAAGUCUGUGCAAGCCAAUGCGCGCGGGUUAGAUGAGCGCCGAGCUCACCUGAGCAAAGAGAUCAAGCACCUCCUCGCCAAUCUGCCCGCAGCCCAAGUGGAGCAAUCCACAUCCAACUCUCGUCGUCCAGGGGACGACUUCAGAAAGCUUUUCCACCUCCUCCAAGCGCUCCAAGUGUCGAACAAACGGGCGACGUACUUUGAGCGCGGCUUCAUUUCGAGAGAAGGACUCAAAGGUAGACCAUGGUACAGACAUUUGGUCGUCGCGCCUGGAAGAUGGCUAGGAUAUGGUGCGACCACUUUCCCGGGCAUCACUGAGGCCAUCACCCUGGACAAGGGUCAAGGUGCUGUCGCCGAGGUCAAGAGGCUGGACCAGCUCCUUGGCGCCAUUGCUAAGCGUCUUCAAGUGCGCCGCACCCACCGCAAGGCGCACUAG